CUUGACAUUAUCGGCAACCCACUUUUUCCUCCCACCUUUUUCAAAAAAGAGGUUAUUAACAUUUUUGAGGAAAUAAACAGUUACACCUAAACAAUUUAGUUUCACGUUUUUUUUUUUCGCGUUCGUGCAAUGUCUUUUUCGCUGUCGCGGCGCGCCGCUCCUUGAUAUCAGUCCAACAGAUAAGUUUCCAGUGCCUUUUCGCCACUCACCCCUGUGACAGCUGUGCUAGGCGGUACCUUACCCCAGAUAACAAACAACUACAAUUUCGUUAUACAAUUAGUGGACUUUUAAUUAUGACUAAAAUUUGUUGAAAAACGGACAAAGUUCGCAAACAACCAUGUCCAAGAAUAAUUUGAUAAGUUCCAGAAGCAUUUCGCCAGCUAGUUUCAAUUCGUUGCGGUCGGAUUCGGAGAAGUCUUUCGAAAACGGUUUGGACGAUUCUUUGAAACCUAAACACAGGCCUUCGUCUACAAACAGAACUUCUAAAGCUAAAAGAGUCAGAUUUUACCACAAUGGAAAUAAAUUCUUCAAUGGAAUCGUUAUCCCUGUCGCUCCAGAAAGGUACAGAUCGUUCGAUAGCCUUACCAGUGAACUGACUAGCUUAAUUGGUAGGAAUGUCACUCUUCCUAAUGGUGUUAGAAAUGUAUAUUCUAUGGACGGGAAAAAGGUUCUGGGUAUAGAAGAUCUUGAAGACGGCAAAGAGUAUGUGGUCAGCGGGAAGGGAGAAACAUUCAAAAAAGUCGAAUACACAAAAACUGACACACUAAAGACAAAGAGGGUGAAUAGGAACAAUAGCUCUAUAUGCAGUAUGCCUAGAAUUUUACCACCCGAUUGUGUGAGGCCUAGGAUAGUAACUAUAAUUAAAAAUGGAAUUAAACCAAGAAAGACAUUACGGUUACUUUUAAACAAACGAAAUUCAUCCAGUAUGGAAUCAGUUUUAAGUGCGUUUUCAGAAUUGGCACAGUUAGCAGUAAGAAAAGUGUUUACUGUAUCAGGCCAGCCUGUAACAGGUUUGCCUCACUUCUUCGAAUCGGAAGACGUAUUUUUCAUUUACGGUAACGAGAGGCAUAGUCCAGAUGAUUUUGAGCUUGAUUUUGAGGAAAGUAAAGCUAUACAACAGUUUAAAAGGACACCAGGUUUACGAAAUGGCACUACGGGCCAAAAGCCAAAAAUGCCUAAAAAGGAAAAAAAUCGAACAUAUGAUUCUGAGGAAAGCCUGCUAAGAAAAUUAAGUUUAGAUAGUAAUAUAAGUUUGCCUUCGGGCAUGAAAGGAAAAUAUACUGUGGGAAGAAUGAUUGGAGAUGGAAAUUUCGCAGUAGUAUGGCUGUGCAAACAUGUGAUUUCAGAGAAAGAAUAUGCCCUAAAAAUAAUUGAUAAAUCAAAGUGUAAAGGAAAGGAAGAUAUGAUCGAGAAUGAAGUGAAAAUCUUGAGAAUGAUUAGUCAUCCCAAUAUUAUUUCUUUAAUAGAGGACCAUGACACUAAGUGUAUGUUGUAUCUAGUCUGUGAAUAUGUUGCUGGUGGCGAUCUGUUCGAUGUGAUAACAGUUGCUCAAAAAUUCUCCGAAGAACAAGCUGCUUUAAUGAUUAAGCACCUCACUUCUGGUUUAGCAUAUUUACAUAAUUUGAAUGUAGUCCAUAGAGAUAUAAAACCUGAAAAUCUUCUAGUCGAAAUGGAUAAUGGCAAAGUUAAAUGUCUGAAACUAGGCGAUUUCGGUUUAGCUUGUGAAGUGAGUGGUCCGCUUUAUACAGUUUGUGGAACUCCUACUUAUGUGGCUCCAGAAAUUUUAGCUGAAAGUGGUUAUGGUCUUAAGAUUGACGUUUGGGCAGCUGGCGUGAUCAUGUAUAUCCUACUCUGCGGUUACCCACCGUUUGUCAGCCAAGAUAAUGACCAAGAAAAACUAUUUGACUGCAUUCUGUCAGGUCAGUACGAUUUUCCGGACGAAUUCUGGCAAGAUGUCUCCACUCCCGCCAAAGAACUCAUCCAGCACAUGUUGCAAUUGACGCCAGAUUUGCGGUUUUCUGCCGAAGACGUUUUGGAUCAUCCUUGGCUGCAGCUAGCUAACUAGAUAGUUUUUUUUUAGGAAAUCUCGACUAGUUACUUAAGAAAUAACGGUCUGAAAAGUAACCAUAUAUGGCUUAGUACCAGUGAUUCUAGAGUCGCACAUAGAAAAUCUGCCAGGGUAAGCGUGCUGCCGUCUCCUAGAAAAAAAAUCCGCCCAGCAGCUUCAAGCAAGUUCACUUUUUUAGGAAUACACACACGUUGGCGCGAAAAAUAAAAAAAAGCCUUUGUACAAAAAUUUAGCUUUAAAAAAUUCCUCAAAUAAACGAAAUGGGAACUUCCGGUACUGAUGUUUAAGCACUAGGCACCAAGAUGUGAAACUAACCCAAAAAACUAACGUUGAUGAUUUGUAGUAUUGGGAGCUGUUUUAAAAUCAGUAGUUUUGCAUUGUUUGUAUUUUUUUUAUAUUUUAAAAUGUUUUAUUGUCCAAAUUUCUUCCAUCUUUUUGUGGUUGAUUUUAAUUAUUUGUCUGUGAUUUGUUUUAAUUCUUGAACAAAGUCAAUAAGUAUUUUAAAAAUAUUUAACGCUGGAGUUUUAAAAAGAUUUAAAAUUGCAUUUUUAAUACUUGUAUGUAUAUAAUUUUUAAGACAAUAUUGUUUGAAACAUCGAAAGCACAAAAUGCAUUUGUAUCGUCAAUAGUAUCUAGUAAUAAUACAUUUUUUUUUUCACUAUGCUUGUCUUGCGCGCUUUUCAGCACUUGUUUGUUGCCUGCACUUAUUCCUUCAAUUUUUUUAAGGCCGCUUCACAGUUUGCAAUUUCCAUUAAUAUAUUAGUUAAGAUGAUAUCAACCAAUUAAUCAGAUUCAGCUGUUUUGUUGACAAUUUAUCUAGAGAUAUGUUUUUGGUUUACACAAAAGCAGCUGCGAGUUAUUAUUUAAUUAGUUAGGCGUUAUUUUGGAAGAAAAGUAUAUCCGAAGUUUUUCCUGCAAGUGCAAAGAUAUCUUGCCAAAAAGAUAGACAAGUGCUUGUGAACUGAACGCCUUUGAGAGUCAGUAGGUUUGUUCCUUCAACAAUCAACAAUUCAUUUAGAGCCGAUAAGUAAAGUUGAUUCUUAGGAAUUUUUGGAAAUUUCAACGUAUUGACUUCACGGGUUUCAAGUGAAAGUUGAUACUUUUUCUAAUGUUUUUAAUUGUUGUAAGAAAACAGGCAACCCACUUGAAAUUUUAACAUCACGAAUAAAAUAAAUGAUUUAUCGAAAGAGAAAAAUAGAAGUGCCAAAAUCAGUCACACAUUUGAUAAAUCUCAGCAAAGUGCAAUUAUAAGGAUUUUUGCAAAAAGUUUUCUAGAAUCUAAGUUUAUCAUGUGUUUUUUUUUAAUAUCACCAACAAGUAAAACUCUUGGUGUAAUUUUCUACUAACAGAAUAAAUCAUAAUAGACUCAGUUGUUGAUUUUAUCAGCAUAAGCAUAAUUUUUAGUUUCAAAACCAUUCAUUUUAUUCAAAUGUGUUCGUCUUAGAGUCAUUAUGAGCCUCUGUUAGGCUAACAAUAUCAUUUUUUUUUAUAAUUUCACAUUUUUUUUUUUUUAUUGUAAUUCACUAAUGUGUUUUUAUCCCUAUCGUAUAAUAUAUCAGUUGUUAACCAAAAGGGCUAUAAAAUAUUCGAGUAGGGUUUUUUUUGUAAUAAAAAUAUACAUAGAGCUUUUUUAUUUCAGAGAAGCCAGUAUGAAUGAGAAGCAUGUCAGAUGUAUUUAUUAAAAACAUGAAUGAUUGCCCAGUUUUUUUGUACAAAUAUAUGUAACUGAUUUUUACACUUUUUAGAUUAUAGGUAAUUUUUUUUUAUAUAUAUAUUGUUGCAAUUAGAUUAUUGUAAAUAAAUUAUUUCGAAUGAG